AUCUAGGGACCUUGUUUCUUUGCCACCCUGCCCUCCCGUCCCCUCGCCGAUCGAUGACCGCACCUCCCACCACCUCUGACUAACUACGGCCAGGGACGCAUCGCCUUGGCUGUAUAUAUAGGAGCUAGCGGACGACCCGCGCGCCCCAUCAAUCGCCAUGGCCUCCGUGGACCUGCAACGCCUGCGCCACAUGUUACUCACCACCGGCGCCGCCGCCGCCGGCGGUCACCACCAGCUCGCCUCCGCCGCUGCUAUGCCAGCAAGUGAGCCUUGUUAUGGCUCUGCGGCGUCGUGCGAGCGGGGGCACCAGCCGUACGCGGACAUCUUCACGCUGCCGCCGCCGACGACGAUGACGCCGGCCCCGUGUCAGUGUUCAGAGUUCUUGGCGAUGGCCGCGGCUGAUCUGGCGAAGAAGGGCGGCAGCCCCGACGGUGUUCAGGAAAUGAUCACCAAGAAGCGGAGGCGUAACGACGUUCUUGCGGCCCACGCGCAGCAGCAGACCAUGGACGUCGACCGCAUCCUGCUAAAACAUGCGAAAAAUAUGUGGACUGCUUUGGCGCAGCAGAGGCAGAGCCACACGAGGCUCAUCGUCUCGACCGUGGAGGCCAGGGCGGCGAAGCGGCUCAAGGCAAAGGACGAGGAGAUUGAGCGGAUCAGGAUCAUGAACUGGGCGCUCGAGGAGCGCCUUCGGAACCUCUUCAUGGAGGACCAGAUGUGGCGCGACGUCGCGCAGUCCCACGAGGCCACGGCCAACGUGCUCCGCGGCGACCUGCAGCGGGCGCUCGACGUCCAGGCGGUCCAUGGCGGUGGAAGCGGCCACGGUCAGGAAGACGACGCCGAGUCGUGCUGCUGGGGGGAGAAUCAGGUGCCCCUCUGCGCGGAGGAGGAGGUGGGCACGCCGGUAGUGGAGGAGCGUCCCGCGACAGGAGUAGGAAGGUGCAAGGGGUGCCGCGAGGACGCGGCCGUUGUGCUGCUGCUGCCGUGCCGGCACCUCUGCGUGUGCGCGCCGUGCGCGGCCGCGGCGCAGGCGUGCCCGGCGUGCGGAAGCGCCAAGAAUGGCAGCGUCUGCAUCAACUUUUCGUGAUGCGGGAGGAAUAGUUUUAGAGUCGACAUUUUGUUUCCUUCUCAAACUUACCAGUGUCGAUUUUAUUUUUUUUGAGGAUUACUAGAGUCGACUUUUGUUUGUAUUCUUUUGUUCACUUUUUCUACUUGAUGUUGACGGGAAGCGGUUCCUCUGCCGUGCGCCGUGUGACGUUGGGCCACUGACAUGUGGGCCAGGUUUUCAACGGGCCCACAUGUCAGUGGUAAAACGACAGGGUGCCGAACGGUAGAGUAUCCUCCUCCUUGUUGAUGGGGGUGAUAGAUAGGAGGAUGGUUGAUUGACAUAGAUAUCAGAGGACUUAUAUCCUCUCUUUUUUUUAGUUUAGCUUUUUCCUAAAGCUAUUGGAUCAAUUGUUGAACAAGAAGAAAAACAGUUCGUAGUAUUGCAGAUCAAUGCUUGAAAUUAAAUACAUAGAUUAGAAAUUGAACAACAUA